AAAGAUGGCCGAGAGUGACUGGGAUACAGUGACCGUGUUGAGGAAGAAAGGGUCCGCGUCGCAGGCCAAAUCCAAACAGGCAGUACUUGCAGCUCAGAGACGAGGGGAGGACGUGGAGACUACAAAGAAGUGGGCUGCAGGUCAGAAUAAGCAGCAUGUUAUAACUAAGAACACAGCCAAACUGGACAGAGAAACGGAGGAGCUCCAUCACGAGCGAGUAACCCUGUCGGUGGGCAAAGCCAUACAGCAGGGCCGGCAAAACAAAGGCUUAACCCAGAAGGACCUGGCCACAAAAAUUAAUGAGAAGCCACAAGUAAUUGCAGACUAUGAAGCAGGAAAGGCCAUCCCCAAUAAUCAAGUAAUGGGAAAGAUUGAGAGAGCUAUCGGACUUAAACUGCGUGGAAGGGAAAUUGGGGAGCCCCUCGACGCCGCUGUGCCCAAGAAGAAAUGAACAAAAAAUCCUCGAAAUCCACCACUUAGCAUGCAGAAUCUCUCUCUCUAUUCUGGCCUUACAGUCCGUUUCCACAUGCUGCUGUCUCAAGUCCCUUUAAAACAUUUUUAAAAUUUUUUAUUUUUAUUUUUUAAAACUGCUUAUUUAAGUGGUGGACCAAAUGUCAAUUAAUUGACACUGUAAUGAAAUGAAAGCAUCUUUGCUUGUGUAAUACUGCUUUUUUUUUUUUUUCUUUUAGACAGACUGAACUGUCUCCUGUUGUGUACAUUUACAUAAUUUUAUGCUUGCUUUGAAAUUUAAAUAAAUGUUCGCAUUUGAUUUAAUUCCA